AUGAAGUUGCUCAUUAUCUUUGCUUGCCUGCUGGGCCUCGCACUCAGCCAUGAGGUGCUCUACACGCCUGGCUAUACCUACUAUAGCGCACCUGGACUGGCCUAUGCCUUGCCUCUGGCCUACACCCGACGCCUCAUCUCGCCGGCCUUACAGUCGCAGGUGUAUCACAGCGUGGAGACAGACAACUCCUAUCAGCAGCAAUAUCGUGCUGACUACAAGCCGCUGACCUAUGAAUAUCUCUUCUGAAAAAAGGGGGAAAUAAUUA